AUGGGUGAACAAAACAAAACAUUAUCUCGUCCCAUUUUCCGCCGAGAUGUCAGCUGGGAUCCUUUCCCAAACUGGACACAGCCGAGCCGCAUCUUUGCACAAGAUUUUGGCCUCCCUCCUUUCCUGGAGCCUAGUGAUCUGGACUGGUUAGAUUGGGCAAAAAAGAGACUGGCAUCUUUCUCCUGGCCAGGGUACACUCAAACUCCCCUUCUGCCUCCAUUCAUUGGUCAGCAACCUGCAGCAUUGAACCAAAAGGACCUGAGACAACUGACAAGUGGAGUGUCAGAGAUCCGAACAGGGCAGGACAGCUGGAAGAUUAACCUGGAUGUCAAUCACUUCUCGCCUGAGGAGAUCACAAUCACAACCAAGGACGGCUACCUGCAAAUAUCAGGAAAUCAUGAAGAAAGGCAAGAUGAACAUGGACUGGUGUCAAGAUGCUUCACCCGGAAAUAUAAGUUGCCACAGGGGGUGGACCUGCAGCACAUCAGUUCAUCAUUGUCUGGUGAUGGAGUCCUGUCUGUAGAGGCUCCAGUUCCUGGGACAUCCAUCAGCGCCCCGGGCAAUGAGCUCGUCAUACCCGUUCAGAUCAGACAGAAGCAGGACGGUGAAAAGUGAAACCAGGGAGCAGAACUUGAAACUACACUCAGAUGUAGCUCAAGUUGUGUGCAGAAACCUUGAUGUAGCACUGACAUUUAAAAAAAAUAAGAAAAACUAAGUUGCUGCAGCUUAUUAAAUGUGAUUUACUGUAACAACAAUCUGCUACUGUAUGAGGAAUAGUAUUUGCACGGCACAGCAUUUCAAACAGAAGAUGGAUAGUAGUUUUUCAUGCACUUGUAAUAUCAUCAUGUCUUCUGCAUGACAGAGCA